AUGAAUGAUAAAAUUACAGUUUGCUUAUUUACUGAUGAUAUGAUAGUUACAUAUAGAAAAACAUCUGAUUCCGAAAAAUUUAUUACACAAUUACAAGAAAAAAUUGAUACAAGAGUCAUAAAUCUAGGACAACCAACGGAAGGAAGCACAGAAUAUGACAUAUACGGUUUAGAAGUUACUUAUAUAUUUGAUAAAGAACUAUAUUUUGGUAUGGAAAAAUCGCUAAAAGAAAAACUUCUAUUAUUGGAUAUACCACUAAACAAAUACGAAAAAUUAUUAAAAGCUCCAAGACCCCUAGGAAAAUAUAUCGAAAAAGACUAUGUAAGUAUAUCUGGAUUAGAGUACAAGAAACAAGUAAAAUGGCUUCAAUUAAUAGUUGGCUUAGCCUCAUAUGUUACUCACAAAUAUCGUUAUGAAUUACGUAAAUGCAAUUGCAUCGAACACAUUAUUCUCAAGAAAAGAAAUCAAGGAAUUAGCUAG